AUGUCUCCCAUUAAGAACGUCAUGCAUGUCGGUGCCGCCGGUAACCUUGGCCCCGCCGUCCUCAACGCACUCAAAGCAAACCCCGGCUUCAACGUCACAGUUCUCAGUCGCAAAGAUUCAAAAAAUCCACCCAGCGGAGUUAAAGUUGUGACAGCAGACUAUUCAUCACAUGAAGACCUUGUCUCAGCAUUUAAAGGACAAGAUGCCGUUGUCUCAACUGUCGGUGCCCCGGGCCUUGGUGAGCAAACAAAACUCGUCGAUGCUGCCAUCGAGGCAGGUGUAAAGUACUUCAUUCCCAGCGAGUUUGGAGGCAAUACUUCAAACGAUAAGACCGGGAAACUGGCUGUGUUUGGUAAAAAGGUCGCCACAUGCAAAUAUCUUAAAGAGAAAGCUUCAGAGGGCAAGAUCAACUACAUUGCUAUCAACAACGGGCCUUUCCUUGACUGGGGCCUGAAAGUUGGUUUCCUUGGCCUCAACGCCGCCGAGAAGAAGGCCACCCUCUACGACGGUGGUUCUGUUCCUUUUAGCACCACUACCCUGGCUUCAAUUGGCCAGUCAGUCGUAGCUGUGCUAUCAAAUCCCGACAAGUUCAAGAACCAGGUUAUCUAUGUUCACUCCACUGUCACCACUCAACGUAACCUUCUAGACUGCUUCGAGAAACAUACUGGAGUGAAGUGGACAAUUGAGGAAAAGAGCACAGCCGAUGUCGAGAAGGAGACCAACGCCAAGCUUGCCCAGGGAGACUUCAGCACCAUCUGGAAGCUGAUCUACAGGAGUCUGUGGGGUGAAGGAUACGGUGGAAAGUUCGAGGAUGUUAAAAACGAGGAAUUAGGAAUCAAGGAAUUGAGCAAGGAGGACAUUGAGGAGCUUGUCAAGGGACUUUGUAAUUAA